AUUUGGCUGUGCAAGUUUUUUUUUAGGGCAAGAGGGAGGUGUACAUGAGAGUAGAAGAUCAUGGAGUUCUGGACGGAGUUCUUGGUGAAUAGUUGGUGGGCAUCAACGGCAUGGUCAGGGUCACCUUCAGCUAUCCACUCGACACGCUCCGUAUCCGCCUGCAACAGCCACCGCCGACUCUCGUUUCCUCAAAUUCCUUUGCCCUUGCCCGAUGAUCCAUCUCGGGCAUCGACCUCCUUCGUAGAAUCGUCGCUCGGGAGGGCCUCACUAUGCUUUACCGCGGCAUGGUCGCGCUGCUCACCUCCGUUUCAGGCCAAAACAACAAAGAAGAUUGUGUUGACACUUCAAUGCCAGAGCUGUAAGCAUUAUUCACGUCAUCCAAUAAAAAGAUGCAAGCACUUUGAGAUUGGAGGAGACAAAAAGGGCAAGGGAACUUCUCUCUUCUCGUUUGUUUUUUUUUUUCCAAAUUCUAGGUGAUGUUAUGUUCUUAUUUUCAUUGAAUAUGAUAGUCAUUGAUGUUAUGAGAACUUGAUUUAUUUCAUUUAUCUACAUUUCUGU